AUGACAUUACGAGUUGCAGAACAAGACUCGCUCAAAGAUGAGAUUGCGCAUCUCGAGAAGCGCUUGCAAGAGGCGAAAGCCCGGCUGACGCAAGGAGACUCCAGCACAACGAAUCCACCCGUCGCCAACGACGCAGCCCUCCACGCCCUCCUCCUCCUAUCCGACUCCGCCCUCCCCCUGGGUUCCUUCGCCUUCAGCAGCGGCCUCGAAUCCUACCUCGCACACCACAAGCCCUCCCCAGCCUCGGCCUCCCAACUCCCCGCCUUCCACACCUUCCUACGCCUCUCCCUCUCCACCCUCGCCAGCACCACCCUCCCCUACGUCCUCACCGGCUACCGCAACCCAGACUCCCUCGAAACCCUCGACAAUGACCUCGACGCCAGCACACCCUGCACCGUCGCACGCCGCGCCAGCAUCGCCCAGGGCCGCGCCCUCCUCGCCGUCUGGGACCGCAGCUUCAAAUCCCAGUACACGCGUACGGCGGGCACGAAUGCAGAUGUCGCGGCCAAGGCACUCGCCGCCUUCUCCAUUGCCAUGCGCUCCUCGCACCAUCUCAAUGCCCAUCUUGCUCCGCUAUGGGGCCUCGUGACCCGUAUCCUGGCCGUCCCGUUGCGCGAUGCCGCAUACCUGUUUUUGUUCUCGCAUGCGCGGACGGUGGUGAGCGCGGCGGUGCGCGCGAGUGUUUUGGGGCCGUAUCAGGCGCAGGCUGUCUUGGCGGGGGCGGAGCUGCAGGCGAGGAUCAGGGGGCUUGUGGAUGAGGGGUGGCAUCGGUCGGUGGAGGAUGCGGGGCAGAGUGUGCCGGUGAUGGAUUUGUGGGUCGGUAGGCAUGAGAAGUUGUAUAGUCGGAUUUUCAAUUCUUGA